GUUAGACACAUGUUUCCUCAAUUUAGAAGUUUUAUUUUGACUUUUAAAUGUAUUUCUAAUUUGGGGAAAAAUAUCGCGAUGUAGUGAAGCCGCGAUAAACGAAACGCGAAGUAGCGAGGUAUCACUGUAUAUUAUAUAGAAUUAUAAUAUAGAAUUAUGUUAUUUUAAUGAGAGUUACCACUAGAAAAUGACGCCGACGUUUGGAAAGGCCCAUACAGCAAAAUCAAACUACUUUUUUUUUUUCUAUAAGAUCUGGGCCUUGUCCGUCGUUACAAACGUUGCCUAGCAACAGGUAACAACAACAACAGCGUCUCCACACACCGUUAGCAUAAACGUUCAGCUACUGAAGGUAGGUCACAGCGGUUUGUCUAAGUCGUCAACCUUAAUACACAUAAGUAUAUUUUAAACGUAUUAAAUUCUCAACAGAAAAGGAGACAGAUUGUCAGACAUUUCAAUGACAAGUAUGACUUUAGAGUGCUAGCUGGUUAGCGGCAGAGCCUCACGGACAAAGUUUCCGCGAGUUAACUUCCCUAAAAAAAAGAGAUUCUUGCUUCAACGAGUUGUCAACAUGUCAGUGCCUUUCUGCAACACCCAACUGAGAAUCCCACGGGGAUUCGGUGCCAUUCUGGAAGGACUAGUCCGAGAAAUCCUUCGAGAUCAACCUGCAGAUAUUCCCAAAUAUGCUGCCCUCUACUUCAAGCGUCUUCUCGGCCAACGAGAAAACAGUGGCGUGGAUCCAAUUCAGUGGGCUGCCAGCUUGGAAGAGCGAUUUGACAACGACCGUUCAUUUCAGGAUGGUCCUCAAGCGGGGCCUGAAACAGGAGUUUCUGAAGAAGAAAGACCUGAGCUACAAACCGAAGAAGUGUCCGCUCAGUCCUCAGAGUCCAUACGACCUCAAGACUCCGUAGCAACAACUGAUCAGACUGAUGCUCAAAACGAGCAAGAUCAGGAUGUACCUCCGUCCGAGACACAAACUGGAGUCUCAGGAGGAGACGAGAGCACAGAAGCUGGAGAGUCGAAGAAAGUGGCUGAGGGGGAUGCGAAGGAAGUGGCUCAGGAGGAGGCGAUAGAAGUGGCUGGGGAAGAGGUUCAGGAGAAGGCGAUAGAAGUGGCUCAGGAGGAGGCUCAAGAAAAUUCUCAGGAGGAAGAUCAGGGGGUGGCUGAGGGAGCUCAGUCGGCUAAAGGGGUUUCUGAGGAGGACACUGAAGGGAAAGCCAAGAAGAAUGCUGAGGAAGUGGCUCAGGAGGAGUCUAUAGAAGUGACUCAGGAAGAGGCUCAGGAAGAGGCUCAAGAGAAGGCUGAGGAGUUGGCUGAAGUGAGUGUCGAGGAAGACGCAGAAGGGAGCGCGAAGGACACUGAAGGGACCACUGAGGGGGAAGCUGCCGACCUUAGAAAACCGGAGGCAACCGUGGAGAAUGUCACGGUUGCUGAUAAUCAAGAUGGUAAUUCACAGGCUGCUGAUGAAGAGAGCGCUAAAGGCGAGACAGAAGAAGCUGAAGAAGUUCAAGAUCAGGCUGAAAAGCCAAAUGAGGUGGAAGGAGCCGUAACCGAGGCUCCUAAUGAAGAAGAUGGCCAAUCAGCUGAUACAGAAGGAAAUGUGGACAUCAGUGCUGAACCCACAGAAAAUUCCUCAGUUGAGGUGGGCUCAAUGCAAGCCGAGCCAAGUGAUGAUCAGCGAGAAGGUCUAGAGGAGGUUUCAGAAACGUUGACACAGGAAGCGCAAGUCAGUGAGGAGCCUGAAAAGGAAGGAGAACAAAAUGAUACCAACAAUGAAGAAAUUGAAGGUAUUUUUGACGGUUUGGACACAAUCAUGAAUACAUUAGAGUUUUUGUCAAGCGGCCGAUGCACAUCUCGAGGAGGCCGUGCCAGCGGAUGCACCCGAACCCAGCGAUUAGAAGGAAUUGAGCUUUGUCUUCUUAAGGGUCAUGUGAUCAUGAAAGUCAGCCCGGAUUGUGCCCAGGUGUCAAUACCGUCUUCUUCCUCCUGCGACCGGACGCGUUCCUCCCGUCGAGAAAAUCAUGGCAUGCAGGAGGAACGCAGCAGACCCCAGGAGGAGGAGGACAUCAUGGACAUCCCGCUGGAUGACCCCGAGGCCAACAGGGCAGCCGCCAAGAUCCAGGCGGGCUUCCGUGGCCACAUGACCCGUAAGAAGAUGAAGCCGGAGGACAAAGCAGAAGGAGAGGAGGCGCUCCAGCAGCAGCCGACUGAAUCGUCAUUCUCUAAGCGCUGAUAAAUGAACCUGCUUCUCAACACAUUGUUCAAUCACCAGAGAGAUGUUAACGUUGUCAUUUAGUCGAAUUGAAAUGGUAAUUGAGGAGACAGCCGCUCUUUAGAAGACGCUGUUAAAAAUGAAAAAGGGUUGCACUUGUUUCUGUGGUUGCUAACAAAGAUACGUGGUGGUUAUUUUUGUUUUGAUUUGCAAGACAAGAAAUAAAUAUAAACAACACAACAAUUGUCAAAGUUGUAAUGUCAUUAUCC